AUGCUUAAAGAGGGUUCGAGAAUCGAUCGACUUUUUCUCGGCAAAUAUAUUCCAUUACGUGAAAGAAAUUUACUGAAAAAAUUAACAAGAACCAGAGCAGUUUACAACGACAUCAACUGUCAGCUUGCAGCUGAAAGUGAAACUUCUGUAGAUGCAUCCUACUUUGCACCAAGACAGCAAGCACAACCACGCUGUAUAACAUUAGAUGGCGAAACUAGUAAUGCUAUUUUCGAACUAGUUGAACUUUUAAAAAACAAUAGAGAUUGCCGAUUGAGCAAUAGUUGUAAUUGUUGUAGUUGCAAUGCUAUUCAUGAAAAUGAGUAUUCAUCAAAUAAACGGCGGCAGAGGCACACAUAUGGCGAGUACACAAGAUCAAUGGGCCAAUGCGGCGUUUGCUUUAAAGACAGACCUACUAAAUCAGAACCUUAUGUGCACGGUUCUAAAAAAAGGGGUGAAAUGAUAAAAAAAUAUUCGAGAAAUAUUAUUAGAAGAUUAAGAUCGGAGCGGGAAAGCUUAGAGCAGUCAACUGCUUUUCUUAUAGACGAUAAUAACAAAACUUACAAAAAUGAAAAACACCCUAAACAUAAUAUUCAACAGCAUAAAGAAUCUCAAUUACAACUAAAGCAGAAGAAAGGUAAGCGAGAAUCAAAAACUAAAGAGGUUAAAACAGAACACAAAAAAGCUAAAAUAAGCGGCGAAAUGAUAAGACAAAUUUCAAGAAAUGUGGUUGGAAGAUUACGACCGCAGCAGCAAAAUUUGGAACAACUGCCUAAUUUACAUAUAGAUAACAAAAAUAGAACAUCUAAAAAAGAAAAACACUCUAAAAACUACAAAGGGUCUAAAUCGCAACUAACUCAGAGUAAAGAAAAAAAGGAAUUAAAAGCGAAUGAGCCUAAAAAAGACCAUAAAAAAACAGAAGCUUCUAAAAUUAAUAAAAGCGCCAAGAAAUCCGGCACUAAAACAUUGCAUGCUGUUGCCAAAAAAUCGACUGACAAAAGACAACAAGCAUAUCGGUCGCAUGAUUUAAAUGAAACUUCAUUUUUUAUAAGGAAAGAUUCUGUUACAAAGUAUAAGGAUGAACUUGAAAGAAGAAGACGAGAGUAUAUCGAUAAAAUUGUAAAUAAAUAUAAACCCUGCAAAUCUACUUCAUCAGGUUCUUGCUACCCAGGAGAAUGCGACCCAAACGAAUGCUGUAGAAUAUUAGAAAAUAGACGCCGUAAGCGACGCAGAAAAGGAAAACGUGGAGGGUAUGAUUAUAAUUCAAAACAAACUAGUGAGAUGGUCGAGACUCAUUCGUCACGAAAAUCCGAACUAGAAACAAUAUUCAAAACUCAAAAACCUGGUGAUGUGAUUCGAAUAUUGGAAAACAUAGGUGAUGAACCCGACAUUAAACAUACUAAAAGGACUUUGGAAUUAAAAAAUCAAAAAAGAAAAGGACUCAAUAUCAAGCGUAGACGUAAAAACAAAGUUGAGUCUGAAACAGUUUCAAUUGGUUCUUCUAUCGAUAGCAUACACAAAAAUAAUAAAAUAGAAAAAGUGAUUGAAAAACAUCGGACUUCUCAAACGGAAUUGGGAAAAAAUGUGAAUCUUAAUAAGGCAAGAAAAAUCCACAUCAAAACUUCUUCUAAGAAACUUAAAACUUCUGCUCAAUCUAAAAAUCACAUUCAACUGAUUAAACCAAUUUCUUGUGAAUGCAUCAUGAACAAUAAAAAAGCUGCUGUAACAAGUGCAAAACAAACUAACAAAGAAAAAAUAAAAUCAUUAAAUGUUGACAUUAAAGCGGAACAUCAUCAAAAGACUUCCAAAAAUAUAAGACGUAUUCACUCAUCAAUUAGUCAUCUAAUAGAACAGUCCAACCAUAAGUUAAUGAAACAUAGAUUGCGUAAGUGUUUUUGUAAAUUAAGACUAGCUAAUCGAUCUAGAAACGAAGAUAGUUUUUUACCAUAUGAAUUCGACUCCGAAUUCUGUGAUCCAAAUAUGUGUUUAGAAUUAAACAACCGACUACGGAUGCGAAAGCCCCGUCGACAUAGUAAACGUUCUAGCUCAGAAUAUCGUAGAACUAAAUCAACAUCUAGUUUUACCCAAACGACCAACACAAAUAAACUCAAAAAAAUACAAUCGAGUCCAAUCAGAAAAAAGAAAAUAAGAACACCUAGAAAAGCUGCUUCAACAUCCAGCGACAUAGUUCAUAAAAUUAUAAAGGUUGAUAAAGAAGAAGUAAACGAUGGGAAUAAAAUAGAGUCUGAUGCAGCUGUGAUGGGUGUUGAACAGAUAAAAAAAACAAAGAAAAAUCGAGUAGUAAAAGACAUAGGUAAAAGUACAAAUCCAAAGCAAUUACAAAAAAUACAUCCCAAUACCGCCUCAAAGAAAAUUCAAACUUCCUUUCAAUCAAAAAUAUUGCCCGACAUAAUUCCAAAUAAAAAGAAAAUCAACAAACACGUUGAUUCUAUAAAUGUCAAAACCACUCAAAGACCAAACAAAAGAAAAACCUCUGAAAAACCAUCAUCACAAGAUAAAACCGAAGAAAUUGAAAAACCUCAAUCUAAAAUACACAUUCCUUAUAUUCAAUCAAUAUCUUGUGAAUGUAUCUCUAACAAUGACGAAACUGGUGUAUUAGGAACUCCAAAAGAACAAGAAAUUAAAACCAAAACAGGCUCGAAAAAAAUUAACAUUUCAUAUCAGUCCAAAAUAUUACCUGAAGUUAUUCAAGAUAAAAAUAAUAUCAACAAAUAUGUGGAUUCUAAAAGUGUUAAAACCACUCAAAGAAUAAAUAAACAAAAAAACUUAGAGAAACCAUCCUCACAAGAUAAAAUCAACGAAACUGAAAAACCUCAAUCUAAAAGGCAAAUUCCCCGUAUUCCAUCAACGUCUUGUGAAUGUGUCAAUAACAAUGAAGAAACCGUUAAAUUAGGUACUCCAAAAGAAUCACAAAAAAAUCCUGUCAAAACAAGUUCUAAAAAAAUUCAAACAUCCUUUCAGUCCAAAAUAUUGCCUGACAUGAUACCAGAUAAAAAUAAAAUCAAUAUAAAUGUGGAAUCUAAAAGUUUUAAAACCACCCAAAAACUAAGUAAACGAAACAACUUAGAGAAACUAUCUUCACAAGAUAAAAUCAAAGAAAUUGAAAAACCUCAAUCUAAAAGUCACAUUUCCCAUUUUCAAUCAGCGUCUUGUGAAUGUCUCAAUCACAACGAAGAAACGGUUGUAUUAGGUAUUCAAAAAGAAUCACAAAAAAAUCCUAUCAAAACAGGUUCUAAAAAAAUGCAAACUUCCGUUCAAUCCAAAAUAUUGUCUGACAUGAUUCCAGAUAAAAAUAAAAUCAACAUACAGGUGGAUUCGAAAACUUUUAGAACCACCCAAAAACAGAGUAAACGAAAAAAUUUGGAAAAACCAUCCUCGCAAGAUAAAAUUAAAGAAACUGAAAAACCUUCCAUAAAAUCAACCAGCCAACAACAUAAAAUAAAAGAAAUUGAAAAACCUCAAUUUAAAAGUCACAUUUCCCGUAUUCCAUCAGUGUCUUGUGAAUGUCUCUAUAACAACGAAGAAGCUGCUGUAUUAGGUACUCCAAAUGAAUCACAAAAAAUUACUACUAAAACAGGCUCUAAGAAAAUGCAAACUUCCUAUCAGUCCAAAAUAUUACCUGAAAUAAUUCCAGAUAGAAAUAAUAUCAAUAAACAUGUGGGUUCAAAACAUGAUAAAAUUAUUCGAAGACUAACUAAUAAAAUUAACUUGGAGAAAUCAUCUUCACAAGACAAAAUCAAAGGAAUUGAAAAAACUUCAUCCAAAAGUCACAUUCCCCAUAUUCAAUCAAAGUCUUGUGAAUGUAUCACUAACAAUGAAGAGACUGCUGUAUUAGGUACUUCAAAAGAACCACACAAAAAUCAUGUCAGAAAAAUCCCUAAGAAAAUUCAAUCCUCCCACCAAUCUAAAAUAUUGUCUGGUUUAGUUCCAGACAAAAAUAAUACCCAUAUACGUGUGGAUUCUAAAAGCUUUAAAACUACCCAAAAAUUGAGUAAACGAAAAAACUUGAAAAAAAUAUCCUCGCAAGAUAAAUUUAAAGAAACUGAAAAACCGCAAUCUCAAAAACAAAUAUCCCGUAUUCCAUCAAUGUCAAAAACAGAACAUAAUCAGGAGACCCACAAAAGUUUACGCCUCAGACGGUCAUAUAGCAGUAUCAUGACUGGAAAAGCGAAACAUAAGAUAAAAAAACACAGAUUACGAAGGUGCUUUUGUACAUUAAAGUUAUUUAAUAGAUCCAGAGACGAUUAUUUACAAUUACCAUAUGAAUGCAAUCAAGGAGUCUGUAAUUCAGACCUACGUAUGAAAGGUCACAAUAAACGUCCAAGCGUUGAUCAUCGCCAAAUUAAAUCGACAUCUAAUAUUACUCAAACAACGAAAUCAAAUAAGCCCACUAAAUUACACUCGAGAUUGUAUCCUACAAGAAAAAAUAAAUUAAUAAAACCAAGACAGAUUACUUCAACAACUAGCAGCCCAGUUCAACAAACUAUAAUAAAUUCUACGGAAAAUUUGAAAUCUGAUUCGUUUGGCACAUUCAAAAAAGCGAACCAAGGAAACAGUCAAAGUAUUGUAAAGCAACUCAAAAAAUCUACAUCAAAUAUUAUUAAAAGGAAAACUAAGGGAUCUUUAAUUGUUCCGGGACUUAAAAAACAUGUUGAUAGUAGAAAACAUGGCCUUAGUUAUACGCAGCAUAAUGUUCCUAUGAAAACUCUUAGCAAGCAGAAUCAAAUAACUGUGACAAGUAAGAAAAAACAAACAAUAACAGAUCGUUCAAAAUUAAAAUCAGUUUCAAGUUUUACUCAAAAAUCACCGCUGCCAUUGCCGCCACCAUUGCCACCGCCAAGACCCAAAAGAGUACCAGCUAAGUCAUUUUUUUUGAAACAACCAAAAAGAGGUUUCUCGUCAAGAUCCAUGAAACAAGGGAACAAAAGAAAGAGUUUGCCACCAAUAGUGCAUUUGAAAAUUCCACGUCAGACCGUUCGGUAUGGUUCUAGUAUAAGUUUUAAUAUAGAAUUCACUAAAUACACUACAAAUAAAAGACAAGGAAGCUUUCUCGAAGACAGAAAUAUAAAAACGGGACAGACGAAAAUCUAUACAGUUAGUAAGGUGACAAGAAACAAAUACAAACAGCCUAAUAACACACAAAUACAAAAUCACAGUGUGCGAAAAGUGGGAAAAAAAUUGAAAGACGCUAGCGCCUUACAUCUUAGCCCUUAUUCUCGAUCAAGCAUAGAAAAUAUACCAAGUAGUCUCUUAAAUAAGAAAAUCAGAUCUGAUCAAAAAUACUCAAGGAACUGUGAUAUAAACUGGGACAAUUUAAAUAAUUUUCUAUCACCAUUAGUAUAUAAUCUUCAGACAGAAAUAAAACGGAAACCUUUUUUCCAAAACUACUUUAAUUCCCUGAAGGUAAAAGAUAACGACAUUGUUAAGAUUAUAAACAGUGUUACAAAAGCGAAGUGCUCUGAUUUAGAAAAUCAAGAUUUAAAAGACCCUUAUGAAAAUAGUUGUUAUAAUUUUAUCGAAAUCAAAAGAUGCGUAUGUAAUAUUUGCAUUCCAUGUGGUAGUAUGAUAGCAUCUAGCACUGAAUUUGAAAAUAUAGUACAUUUUCCCGAAGAACUGGAAAUAAAAUCAACGGCAUAUAAUGCGAAAAGAUUAAGUGAAAUUUAUAAUCUGUCCUCCAAGGCUAUCGAAAUCGAAACAAAAAAAGGAACUAUAAAGAUUAGUGAAGAUAAGUCAACGGCUGGUUAUAAAACUAAGGACCACAGAAAAAGUAGCGCAGUAAUGAUGCAACGACUAAAUGUCUCUGGCACGAGCCGAACCAGUUCUCGUAAUUCUUUUUUUGUCAGAAGUGACUUAGAUAAUUCUUCUGCAAAAACAACUAGAGGACAAGAUACCAAUACCCGUUGCAUUAGUCUAAAUAAGUAUAUACACUACAAAAAAUCACGAGAAAGAAAUGUACUUGAUAAAUUAGUUAGAACCAGGGCUGUUGACGAUAUAAGGAAUGAAAUAUUUUCAAAAAGUAGUGUUCAAUGUAAAGCUUUACAAUGUAAAAGAAAAUUGCAAGAUUCGGAAGUAUCAAGUAGCACUGAGAAGGAUAAUGCAGUUUUAGAACUUAUAGAUUUAAUAGAUAGAGGACCUCUAUUAAAACAAAAAAAUAAACGAUCAUAUUGCUCUUGCUCUAGCUGUAGUGCUUUACAAGCACACCAUGGCCCAGUCGGACCACGGCGACUAAAACGUGUAAACAAUUAUCCGUGUUACAGAAAAAAUGCGUCUUCAGUAUCUAGCACUUUUUCUGGAAAACAUGUAUGUAAAUGUAAAAAGAAAAGCCUGCACCUCAAAGCCAAAUCAAUAAAAUCUGACCCAGGCACAUGCACUUCUGAAAUAAAUGAAAAACAACCUGAGCUUCAAAAACUGAUAUUAGAACAACCACCAAUUUUCACAGACAAGAAGAGUAUAAAGAAGAAUCCUAAAAAGAAAACAACUGUAAAAAAAUCUAAAAAUUGCCUAAUGCAACUCAAUGGUGAAAAAAGAAGAAAUGUCAAUAAACCGAAAAUACCAAUCAGAGAAAAUAUAAUAGAUUUUCAACAAGAAAUCGGUCAACAUCUACAACAAACUUGUGAUCCAUUGCAACAAUAUAAUUUUCAACGACUUAACCAAAAGAACAUCAACUUAAAAUUUAUGAAGCCAGUCUCAAACCUAAUUGCUCCAUCCAAUGACCUAUUGAUUCAUAAUCCUGAUGGAAUUGGCUCUGAAAUAGACAGUAGAAGUAAUUGGCGAAAAUUAAGCUCUGUAUUCUGUUUGUCUUUGAAAUCUGAUUCUGAUAUUUAUUCUAGAUGCAUUCUGUCUCGAGCUGUCAAGACGUCAAGGAAAUUAGAAACAUCUACUUCGCAGAAUAUUCCUAUUUCUAAACACGGUGAACUAUUUUCGUUAAAUCAAGUAGUUCACAUUGGCCCUCAAGCUAUUAAUUUUAUUGAUAAAAAUAAAGAAAAUACCAUAAGCAUUCCAGAAAAGUUUACACGGACGAGAGUAAAAAAUACGACAAAAGGAGAUAAAAAUAACAAUAAUCAACUAGAAAUUAAUUCUUGCACUGAAAAUUGUAAACAAAACAAGAUGAGUAAACAUAGUUUGCAAAAAUGUUUCUGUAGAACAAAGUUAUCCAAUGGAAAUAAAAAGAAAACUAGUCAGUUGCGAUAUUACCCAAAACUAAAGCAUUCCAAAUCAAAGCAGAACAAAACAAUAAAUGAAAAUAAUGAGAUUUUAUCAACAAAUUGUAAACCAAAAGUUUGUAAUGAUAAUCAUCAUGAAAAUUUUAUAAAAAUAAAUUGUCGCGACAUGACUUCAUUAUCUUCAGAAAUAGACCAAAAUUUUACGCGAACAAUUUUGAAUGUAGGAUUAAAUAAAGGUCUACAAAAGGAAAUUAAUAGUCAUUUAACAGAAACAUCUAACAAUAUCUUUGCAUCUUUUGAUAAAAACCAUUCAUGUUAUCCAGAUAAAAAAAAAGAGUCGACAACCAUGACACCCUCACAAAAAAUUUAUACACAUUCGAUUAACAAACAGAAGAAAAUCAAUACUAAAUUAAUAUCACAAAGCAACCAUACUUUGAACGAAUAUAUAUCAAAAAUAUAUUUUCCAUCCCCGAGAGCGUGUCCGCUUGACUCCAAGUCAAAAAUGACUGCAGAGUUUUUAAAUGUGCAUAAUGAUGUUAUUAGAAAACAUCAAAAGGGUUUUCAGCACAGGGUUAAUUUAAAACCAUUGAUAAAAGAAGCAAACAAAACAUAUGAUUGGGAGAUCUUACCGCAGAAAGAUUCACAAAUAAAAAAGCUGCUAAAUUAUGCACCAACCGUGACGUCAUCUUUUGUUAAGCGCUACUUCAACAGUAAACAAGAACAAAAUUUUGAUAGUAGUCAUAAAAUGAAAUCACAACUAAAACCUAUAAAGGGAUUGCAAAGAUAUUUAAGUAUGCUGAGAAAAAAAAGCAAAAGCAAUAACUUGUCGGUUGUAAAAACUUCUCCUAAAAUGGGAAAUAACCAACACAAUAUUAAAUUGAAAUUGAAUACUCGAUAUCGAAAUCCUCAUUAUCAUGCCGAAUCUCAAUCAAGUGCCUUUUUAAUAAGUCAACAAAAUUUAUUUGAAUACGAGAAGUUGAUAAAAUUACGUGGUGUACAGCACGGCAAUGAGACCUUGGUUAAACCGAAAGCUGAAAAAAUACAAUCAUUGAAAUUGUUUGAUGUUUUGAAACCAUCACGUUUGAAAUCACAGAACAGUGAAGUGAAACGAAGAUAUAAUAAAAUUGGAUACAAAAGCAAGAAAAAUAACUUUUUAACUCGUCAAACAUAUCCAAAUCAAUUUACCAAGCGGAUCGUAAGAUCGUCAAAUAAAUCACAAUUAUAUAAAAAAAAUAAUAAUUUCAUCGCUAAUACUUGUCACGCAGAAGCAAAUAUCGCACAUAGUACUAAAACAAACUACAAUAAGUUAUGUGAAACUAUCAUAAAAAAACCAGCAUUAAAAUCAAAAAACAAUUUAAGCCAUUCUUUAAAAAGUGCCUCAAGGGUAAAUAGAUCUUUAUAUGAAGACACCAUAUACACGGUCUUGCCAGUUCUGUUGCCAUAUGAGUGUGAACCUGGAAUAUGUGUGCCUGGUCAGUGUGAUCCUCUCGAGUGUUAUGAGAGAAUAAAAAAAAGGCAAAUCGGUAAGUCAGCAGGAACUGAUAGACCGAUUCGUUACACAACCGGUAGUUCAGCCUCAGGUCCUAUAUACAAAGCAACCAAAAGUCAAGCGGUAACUGAAUUUCCACCCAGAAAAAGUCGAGGCAUUACACGGACUAGACGAGAUACGACUAUUCAUGAGCCCAGAAAAGUUCCCGAGCCCAGGAUAGUUCACGAGCCCAGGAGAGUUCACGAGCCAAAGAGAGUCCAUGAGCCCAAAAGAGUUGGGUACGCAAGAGAUGAUUCUCACUCUUUGGUAAAGGUAGGAUCUUCGAUUAGUUUUAAUAUUGAAUUUUACAAAAGUACUGGUGGAUCGCCCAAUAUACCGUACGAAGAACCUAUAGUAUAUGAAGAAUACAAACCAAAAGUCAAAGUAUGUAGUACUGAUUGCAGACCUAGUAGACAACAUAGGAAAAUAAGCAUGCCUAAAACACCUUACCGACAUUAUAGAACGCAAACGGGGGUGACAGAUACAAAGGGCACAGUUGUAAGACGAUUAAAAAAAAGCCUGGCAACAGUAGCAUUACAGAAAAAUGAACAACUAAGUAAAUGUUGCGAUAUAUGUUUUGAAGAAAAAUUACCUAUCAGGAAAGAAAUUGCUAUUUCUAAAGAUGAAACUUUACCGUUACACAAAGAAAUUGCUGUAUCUACUCGACGACAUAUUCCAUUUGACGAAGGAAUAAGAGUCCGUCAAAUUAAAGAUAUAGGAACAAAGCCGGUAGGUCCUAUAUAUAUGUGUGCAUCAAAUAUGGCUUGCAUGGAACCAGAGUACAGAAGCAAAGGUGUCGAACCAAUUACGUAUGCACCUCGAAAGGAAAUUGCUGUUGAAACAAUGAGACCUCCGAUACGCCGUAGUUUUUUACCAAAAGGAUUAGUUCGCUUUGGUUCUAAUGUUUCUUUCAAUGUUGAAUUUUACAAAGAAAAAUUUGGAGAUACUGAGGCCUGUGUGCCUAAAUGUGUAGAGGGAAAAGGCGUGUCUGCGGUUCAACCUAUUAAAUAUGUACACAAGCCACCAGUAGUAAGAAAAGCUGUAGCUACUAUUGAGCCUGUUAAAAGAAAUGCUACAAUAAGAGCUUUGCCGCAAGUUCAGAGUCGUCAUACAUAUGCUAAAAGUGUUGCCGGUUACAGCCAACAUUGUCAAGCCGAAUGCACUGCCACAACAGGAAUAGGAACUGGAACUACGAUGGGAACAUUUCUAAAAAGAUGCUUCUGUACUAUUAACUUUCCCAAAAAAUGGAAGAUGAGUCAAACACCUGAGCAUACCGUAAUAGAAUCUAGACCAAGUUAUAAUAAUAAAUAUGUUCCCACCAAGACAUGCGACUUAAAUACCUGUGAGACCACAGAUACCAAACGAAAUAUAGUACCAAGAGAAUCUUAUAAAAAUGCUAAAUCUUAUUGUCCUUGCCCGUAUAAAAGGAAUGAAGACAAAACUUCAUAUCCGGAUGACAAAUUGACGGCAAUGCCUGAAGACAAGAUAAAAGGAGAGGGUGCCAAAAAAGGUAAGAAAGAAAAGGGUUCACGUACACAAGAAAAAGACAAAGAUAAUGAAGAGGUAAGGGGUAAAGAAGCACACAAAGUAAAGGCAACAAAUAAUAAGAAAAAAAUAAAGGGUAAAGAUAAAGAAGCAGUUAAAGAUAAGCAAGUGGGAACGGAUAAAAAAGUGGGCAAAGACAAAGCAACAAGCAAUAGGAAAAAAUCAAAGGGCAAAAAUAAAGAAAUAGGCAAAAAUAUCGAAGAUGACAUAAAAGAAAAAAAUACCAAAUCUAAAAUAGAAAAAGGCAAAAAUAAAAAAAUAAAAUUAAGGGAAAAUGACUACAACAUACAAGAAAAUCAGUAUAUAAUAAGUCCAUGUAAAGGAAUUUGUCAAAAUAAAGAUCUGAUUGAAGGUAAAGAAGCGAGCAAAGGAAAACAAAUAAGCAAAGGUAAAGAAGCAAGCAAAGGUAUGGAAGAUAACAAAGGCCAAGGUACAAUCUUUUGUUUUUGUAGAAAAGGAAAGGCUAAAGAUAAAUACGCUGGCAAAGAUAUAGAUACUAUCGAAGAUGUAGAAGUAGGCAGAUGUGAAGAAAGUUGUAAAGGCAAAAUUAAACGUAAAAAAGAAAAAGUCAAAGGUAGAGAUGCUGGCAAAGAUAAAGACACUGGCAAAGACACAGAUACUGACGAAGAUGACACUGGCAAAGAUAAAGAUACUAGCAAAAAAAGAAAAGGGAAAGAUAAAGGUAAAGGUGAUGGCAAAGACACUGGCGAAGAUAUAGAUACUGGCGAAGAUACAGAUACUGGCGAAGACACAGAUAAUGGUGAAGAUACAGAUACUGGCGAAAAUAUAAACACUGACAAAGGUAAAGAAGCUCGCAAAGGUAGAAAUGGAAAAGUUAAAAGUAAAGGCGCUAGCAUAGAUAGAAAUGGAAAAGUUAAAAGUAAAGGCGCUAGUAUAGAUAGAAAUGGAAAAGUUAAAAGUAAAGGCGCUAGCAAAGAUAAAGAAACAAGCAAAGGCAAAAACAAAGGCAAAACAGGCAAUGGUAAAACUACGGGCUCGAGGGCUGGCAAAAAGGCUAAGAUAAAGAAAAGCAAAGCCUGCACUUGUGGGAGUAAAGUAUGUCGUAAAGAAUUUAAGAGAUUAUCUCAGGUGAAAGCUCACAAGAAAAAGCCACCGUGUCCUUGUAAAACUUCUAUUUGUGCCCACGAGUCUAGUAUCAGAAGAAUACCAGGCCACAUUUGCCGAUGUGAAAUGUCCGCUGCAGAGCUAAAACGAAAAGAGCAACGAGAGCAAAAAAUGAGAGAACAAGAAGCUAUAUGUGAAGCUAAAAGACGCAAGGCGGAAAAACAAUCUGAAGAUAAACGUAUAGAGAGUAAACAAAAGAAAGCUGCAAGAAAGAAAGCAGGUAAAAAAUUAGAUAAGGCGCAGGCAAAACAAUUCAAAAAAAAGGGUGAUGCUGUGCUAGUGGCGGAAUCAAUAUUAGAUAUCGUUAAAUCGACUGCUGGUGUUGGUACCAGUGCUGUGAAAGGUACUCUGGACGCUAUAUUUAAUCCAAAAUGUACAUAUUACUCAAUAAGACGUGCAUUUAGAAGCCCUGAUAAAACUGUUACUGGGCUUCAAGGUGCUUUAGGUAGGAGUGAAUUCGCAUCAGCCACGAGACGAAUAAAAAAUAGAGUAACUGCGAUGGAAUCCGUACAAAGCCUCAAAGAGAAAAUAGAGAGUAGUAUGUUAAUGGAUUUAGUAGAUCCAAGUCUGAAAAAGAAACGUUUGAGAAAGAAAAAACCGCGUAAACGAGAACCUCAUGAUUUUGAGUGUAGUCUUUACAUGUCAUCAUUGAGGAAAAGACCAUGUUUGCUUAUUUAUUAUACCUGCCCCUGGUUCUACCCGAAAUUUAUCAGUUUGCUCAACGCGUGGCGUCAAUGUGUGGACAUUUUCCUAUUUUUAUUGGCAGUGGGAGUCUGGAGUCCAUUUAUCGUGGCGAUGGAAACAUGUAGAGCGUUGAUGUGCUGCUUUUUCUGUACCGGUUAAAAGAAAUGAAAGAAAUUAUAAGGAUAGUAUAAAUGAAGAAAUUGAACUAAUUGUGGUUUACAAAACAUAAGUAAAAAAUUGAUAAACGUUUUACUCUUUGUACAGCUGUAGUUUUCUUUAUAUACGUUACUGACUAACAUAUAUGUAUGUAUUAUACGUAUAAACAUUCUUCUUGAAUUACCCUGUAUACACGGCUGCAUAUCAGGUUAUCACAAUGUUUCGAUUUUCCUCAAUUGACCUACAACGCUUUAAAGUUUAAAAUCAAGUGGAAAAAUUUGACAGCUAUUUAUACUGUACAUACAUUGGUGAAAACUGCAAUAAAAUCCUUUGUAUAUUUCAAAAGAUUUCAGCGCAUAGCGGAAAGCAACUUCAUUUUAUACGAUGUUUAGAUAACUACCGGUGCAUUAAAUUCAUAAAACAAAAUAAUAGCAGUGUACAUAGUACAUAAUUUUCUUUAAUCUAAUACUAGACUGUAACUCAAUGCGUUUCAGAAUGUGUUGAAAGCUUGCACCAGGAGUAUCGAGGCAAAAAAAAAUAUUUUUAUCAAUGAAUUAUUAUAAUGACAACAUUUAGCUAAGAUUUGUUAUUCAACAAUAAAUAAUUUAUACGUUUCUUAGUUUUUUAAAAAUUAAUUGACGACCCUGUACGUUAGAAUUUCGGUCCUUAAAAUACUUUAUCAGUCGUCAUCCUCAACAACUUCGAAAAAUGCAGUUUUAAAAAUCUUUAGAUGAUUUUAGUUUAUAUCAAAACCUAGUUUUUUAUAUAUUAUUUAUACAGUUAAGAUAACAUAUAUUAGUCGUAAAAUCGAUCCAAAAAACCUAUUUAGAGUCAUGUGUGAAUUUUUUUUCUAUCGAGUCAAUUAUAAAAUCUGUUUUUAGCAAACAUUCGAUCAUACGAGUAUGUUAAAGUCUCA